AUGGGCGUCGCCAAGAAAACCAGAAAAUUCGGCCAAGUCAAGCGAGUAAUAGGGCUGCGCGACGCACGGCUCAAGGCAAACCAGCAAAAAGCCGAAGAUGCCAAGGCCAAGGAGAAGAGAACGGUCAAUGGCGAAUUGAUCCGGGAGGCGCCGCAGGUGCCGAGCAACAUGUUCUUCCAGCACAACACGGCGCUCGUGCCGCCGUACAACGUCCUCGUCGACACCAACUUUCUCAACCAUACGGUGCAGCGGAAGCUGUCGCUGCUGGAGUCCCUGAUGGACUGCCUGUACGCCAAGUGCAACCCCAUCAUUACGUCGUGCGUCAUGGCGGAGCUGGAGAAGCUGGGCCCGAAGUAUCGGCUGGCACUGCGCGUCGCGAGAGACGAGCGGUGGCAGCGACUCGAGUGCGACCACAAGGGCACCUAUGCGGACGACUGCCUGGUCGACAGGGUGACGAAGAAUAGGAUAUACAUUGUGGGCACGAACGACCGAAUAUUGAAAAGGAAACUCAGGAGGAUUCCCGGUGUCCCGAUAUGUAGCGUGGCCAGGGGCAAGUAUGUGAUUGAGAGGUUGCCGGGGGCGCCGGAGUAA